AGGAAGAGCUAUGAAACAACAGAGUUCCAAUUGGGAACAAGAAUAAGACAAACCAAAUUUGUUCUGACAGAAGAAGCACUAUAAUAAUUACAUUAUUUACAACAACAAGGACAACUGUAAAAACAAACAACACCAACUUUGCACUUUAACAUGAACAAAAAUGCCGGCGAUGGCAGCGGCAAUGAUGGCAAAAACUCAAACAAUCACGGCAAGGGCGGCUCCGGCGGGGGUGGCGGCGCAGGGGCAGGCGGGCCCCACGAUCCCACCGGACUAUUAGACGCUGCGUCGCUGUUUGCUUAUUGGGGCCGAGAUCCCACUGGAGCUGCAGCCGCAGCUGCUUCAAAUCCGCUCUUCAACUCGCAGUUCAAUGCUGCCGCUGCCGCCGGCUUGGGCCUAUUACCAAAUGCUGCGGGCGCAGCGGCUGCCAAUGACCGUUACUCAUCAAUGGCCGCAGCAGCGGCGGCAGCUGCAGGCGCCCACCAUCACCAGAACACAAUGGCCGUCGCGGCCUCCCAGGCCGCCAGCCUGGCAGGUCUGCAUCCAGCAAGCUGGUGGUCCAUGGCUCAGUUGGCCGCACAGGAUUACUUUAGCCGUCUGCAGGCCUCCGGUCUGUCGCCGUUUCCCCAUCCUGAUCUGGCAGCUGCCUUUGGGCCCGCCGCCAUGGCCAUGGGUGGCGCCGGCACGGGCUCAGGUGCGGGAGCAGCGGGCGGCGCGGGCAUGGUCGGAGUAGGUGGUGGAGGUGGCGCCGCGGGCGGCGGCGGCAGCGGCUCCAGCAGCAAGUCGAACAAGUCGCGCAAGGAGAAACGCGCCGCCCAACAGCAGCAGCAGCAACAACAACAGCAACAGCAGCAGCAGAAUCUGGCCAACAGCCUGAACGCCGCGGCGGCAGCAGCAGCUGCAGCAGCAGCCAACAAUCCCGCCGCGGCCUUGGCCAGCAUGCACGGCUUCGGACUGCCGGGCACUAGCAUGCCGCCUUCCGGCAGCAGCGCCUCCAUCUCGACAAGCAGCGCGGGCCACGGCGGCUACAAGAGCACUGCCAGCGCGUAUGGCAAACCCUCGACAAUGACCAGCAGCGGCAGCAGCAACAGUAUUGCGAGCAAUCCUGGCUCUGCCUACGAUCCGGUCACCCUGCACAAGGAGCUGCUGGCCAUGCAGGCCGUCGCAGCGGCCGCCUCCGGCUCCGGCGUGGGCGGCAUGUCGGGUCUCGGCAGUGGGGGCGGCUCGAACAGUUCCUCUGGCAAGAAAUCUAGCGGAGCUGGCGCAGGCGGCAGCGGUGGUGGCGGCAGUGGAAGUGGCAUCAUGUCCAGCAGCAAGACGUCGACCAACGUCAGCUCAAGCUCGAGCGGCGGCGCCUCGCUGGGUGGCAUGCACCCGAGCAUGGCCAUGUCGCCGCAUGCAAGCAUCUCUGGCAGUGGCAUGGGCAGCUCUGGCAAGGAUCGGGAUCGCGACAAGAACAAUCCGUCGCUCAAUGCCCUCAACUCGCUCUCACAAUUCGGCGCACUCGGCAUGACGCCCCAGCAGAGCGUGCAGGCGGCCAUGAAUGCGUUUGCGGCGAGCAGCGGAGCCGCAGCCAGCGCCACGGUCACCUCUGCGGCACAUCUGUCACAGCAGCAGCAGCAACAGCAGGUGGCCAGCACAACGAUGGCCGGCAGCGGGAACAAAGGCAGCGCCAAGGACUACAUGAGCAAUGCGGCCAUGAUGAGCAGCGGCAGCGAGCAUCCGUCACUGCUGGGUGUGAGACUGCCGCCGGAUACGGAGAUUAUCAAGUACACGUCCUCCAUCGUGGGCCCCAAGAUACCCGGUAGUACUUCACGCGGUCGCAAGAAGACCAUAUCCGAAACAGAACAACAGCAACAACAGUCCACACAGAAACAACAACAACAACAACACCAAGCAGAACAACAGCAACAACAACAACACCUUACACAACAACAACAGCAGCAGCAGAAGGAUUUAGAAAGCACAACAAAUGCAAUUACCUCUCUGCUUGCAUUUCCAGGGCUCAGUCCGUCGAAGCGCGCCAGACUCGAAAUGGAGUACGCGGCAAUGGCGGCAGCGGCACAGCAGCAGCAGCAUCUGCACGGCAUGCUGGGCGCCGCCGGAAUGCCCAUGGGUCUGGGCAUGAGUCCCAUGGAGCAGCUAAGUGGCGUCUCCAAGGCGGCUAUUUCCGCAUCGUCGUCGUCGUCGACGGUGACCAGCACUGCUGGCUCCACAGCCGGGCACAGCCAGAGCCACAGUCACAGCCAGAAUGCGUCCAACGAUCGGGUGGAGGUCAUCAAGUUGCCGCCGACCAUUACCUCGAACGGCGCGUACAAUCUGUCCAACAAGGGUUGCGGCAAGGAGUUGCACGACCUGACCACCGACCCGUCGCUGGCCUCUGGUGUUAAUCUCAGCUUGAAGUCGAGUGCUUUGCCCGCCAGCGGUGCCAUUGGCUCCGCCUCCAAUCCCAUCACCAUAGACGACUUUGAUGCUCCACUGAAUCUGUCCAUGAAACCCUCGGACAAAAAUAGUUCAAACAGCAUGAACACAGCAGCAGCAGGAGCAUCGUCUGCCGCCUCUUCAGCGGCCUCUUCGGCGCUGGGCAAUCUGGCCAGCGAUUAUCAGGCGCAGGGCAGCGGCGGCAGCGGUUCAAACAGCUUGCAGAGUCUGAGCUCUAUAACCGCUGCCUUGGGCGGCACCGGUGGCAUGCCGGGCGGAUCCAUUUCUGGCAGCGGUAGUGGAGCAGGCGGUGCUUCGCCUUCGCCGGCACAGGGCAGCAUGCCAGCUGCAUCGGGUACGUCUAGCUCCGGCUCUGGCUCUGGGUCUGGCUCCUCGACAUAUAAGGAGGGACGACCGCGCAACUUGGGCCGUGGCGUGUCCAAGCCCAAGAAGAACACGGUGGCCUCGCUGCUGGCGCAGUCACGCGCCGUCGGAUUGAAACCCAUGUUGGCCACGCAGCAGUUGCUCCAACAGGGCGCGGACAUUGAAAAGAUACGCUUGGCGCUGAGUGAGGCUAACGCACACAUGGAAACGUCAACGGACUCGGAGAGCGUCGCCGCCGAGAGCGGCCUUUCGGAGUCGGAGAGCGAGGAUGCCAACAUACUGAAUGUGGCGGAGCUGCGUGUGCCCCUAGAACUCGGCUGGAAGCGGGAUACAGUCAUACGCGGCUUAACCAAGCAGGGUCAGAUCCGUGGCGAGGUCACCUACUACGCCCCGGGCAGCACCCUGCCCUUGAAGACCAUUGGCCAAGUGUUUGCUCUCUUGGAGCAGCAGCCAUCGAGUCUGACGCGCGAGAACUUCAGUUUCUCGGCGCGUGCCAUUGUGGGCUCGUUCCUGCAGCCUGCGCCACCGCCCUAUGCCAACGAUGGCGAGUACAUACGGAUGACGGACGAGGAUGUGGCCAAGCGGCUGGAGGAUCUGAAAGUAUUUACGCGCCAGACGCUCAACGUGGAGCAGCGCAUUGAGAUCGCCAAGCAGCAGCAGGCGAUGCGUGACGCCAAGAAACAGCAGAAGGAGGAGCUGGCACGCAACAAGGAGAAGGCGCGCCAAGAGAAGAAUGCCAAGCUGGAGCAGCAGCGCAAGGAGAAGGAACUCAAGAACCAGCAGGCCAUUGAGGAGCGCAAAAAGCGUCAGGAAGAACUGGAUCGCCUCAAGCAGGAGGAGUUGCUCAAGAAGCAGCAGGAGAAAGAGAAGCGACGUCAGGAAGCUAUUCUAGCUAAAGAACAGGAACUGCAGAAGCAAAAGGAGCUACUGCUGGCUGCCGAAAUGGAGCGCGAACGUCGUCGCCAGCACAUGAACUUGAUCAGGAUGCUCGAGCUGCGGCGCAAAUUCGAAGAACGCGAAAAGAAGAAGCACCAGCUGGUGCUGGAUCGCUUGAUUCUGCGCGAGCGUCGCAUGGCUGAGCGCAAGCGGGACGCGGAGAUACUGCAGCUAAUACGCAAGCCCAGCGAGGAUUCAGAGCUGCCGCAGGAGCUGAACGUUCCGGAACUGGAGCGCAUCGCUGGCAAUCGGUUGCCUGGACAGGCGAUGGCCGAUUUGCUGAUGGUGUUCGAGUUCCUGCACAACUUUGGCGAGACACUGGGCUUCGACAUGGAGUCGCUGCCGUCACUGCAGAACCUUCACGAUGCGCUCAUCAGCGACAGCAAUGCGGACGCCGAGGAGGAGCUGCUUUCGGUGAUGACGCACCUGCUGGUCUGUGCCAUCGAGGAUCCGGGUGUGCCCAAUCCUGGCCGGCACACCACGCUGCUGGGCCAGUCGCUGCGCAACGCGGACAUUACUAACUCGAACGUGUCCGAGAUCCUGCGCAUCUACCUGUACGCCACCGCCACCGGCGAGAUUCGCCAGAUGCACGGCAUCACUGUGGACAGGGAGCGCGAGCGACGCGUGCCCGACCACCACCAACUGGACGCGGAUACGGCCACGCACUCGGCCAAGAACCAUGAGUACUACAAGCUGCUGCACGAGAACGACACCUGGAAGCUCUCGCACGCGCUCAAGGAUCGGCCCUUCGUGGCACUCAAUCCGACGCGCAAGGCACAGAUGCUGGCGCACCUGUGCAACGACCUGCUGAUGAACAAGGCGGUGCUGCGCCAGAUUGACGGCAGCCUCGAGACCUGCGCCCAGAUGCGCAAGGAGAAGUACAUGACUGACAUGAAGGUGCGCAAGUACAAGGCCUUGCACCAGCGCAAGGCUCGCAUCGAGGCCUACGAGAAGGCGCAGGCGGAACGUGAAGCGGCCAUGCAAGCGCUCCUGGCCCAACAGAAGCUCGACGCCGAGCGCGAACGCGAACGUCUCGCCAAGCAGGCGGAGGCCGAAGCGGAGGCAGAGGCCAACAAGCAGGCAACGACCGAGUCGCCGGCUGAAGGAACUGCUGCAGCAGAGGCAACUGCUGGCGCCGAAUGCAACAGCGAGGACAAAAGUCAGGAGGAGAAAACCAGGCAGGAGCAGCAGCAGCAGACUCCAGACACGGAACAACCACAGCCCAUGGAACUGGAUGGCGAUGCUCCAGUGCUGAUCGCCAGCAGCGGCGACCAAGUAGCGCCGCUCUCCGUCGCGCCUAUGUCCGAGGUGAGCCCCUCGAAGCAGCUGGCCAAGCUGGAGGAGUAUCAGCAAAACGGCGGAACGGCAGCAGGAGCAACACCUGCGGCUGAUGUCGGGAUGACGGCGCUGCUUCAGGCGAAGAAGAGCGGCGCACGCAACUCCAUCAAUGAGGAUGGGCACUCGCAGAGCCACGACGUUAGCAUCAUUGAGGAUGACCUGUCCGAUUUGGACUCGGAGAUAACCAACGUUGAGGAGGACGAGGACAAUCGCCUGAGUGCCGACGAGCUGCAAAAGAAGCUAGACAAGAUUGUGCGCGCCUCGCUCAACUGCAAGGAGGCGCUCGAGAAGAGCACCAAUCAGCUGCGGGCUGCCUGCUUUGGCCAGGAUCGUUUCUGGCGACGCUACUGGAAGCUGCCAAAGGCUGGCGGCAUUUUCAUCGAGGCUCUGGAAUCGGCCCAGAACGACAUUUGCGGUUACCACGAGGCACUGGAGGCCAUGGACGAGCAGCUGCAACAGCAGACGCAGCAGGAGACGCCCAGCGACACACAGAAUGUGGCAGUAGAUGGCAUCGAACAGCAUGAACAGCCCGCACAGCUGCCGGACGCAAGUGUCCCUGCAGCAGCAGCAGCAACAGCAGCAGAGCAAAUGGAGGUCGAUGAACCGACGGAACUGGAUAGUGUCAAAGCGCAGCAGGCGAAUCACCAGCCAGAGAACGAGAACCAGAACGAUGAGGAGGACGAUGACGAUGACGAUGAUGUGACGGAGAUCAACAAAGUGGAGCCGGAAAUUGUGGACCUUGGCGACGAUGAUGAUGAGGUGUUGCCCACCGUUGUGAAGGCCACAGAGCCUGUCGUGGCCAGGCCAGAGAUUAAGGUCAAGUCGGAGAUGGAGCUAAUGGGACCGCCGCCCACGGUAAUCUCCACGAAAACCGACUUUGAGGCCGAGAUCAAGAUACCCACCAUUCCGGGUCUAAUCCCAACUCUCAGCAACAGCAACAACAACAAUAAUAACAAUAACAAUAACAAUAAUAACAACAACGGAGGCGUCGGCAGCAGCAACGGCAACUGUGAUAAGGUGGAGGCAAUGAGUCAGGAGGAUCUAAAGAAGGAGGACGACUGCAUCAUUGUGUCGACAACGCAGAUUGGCGAGGACGCUGCGCCCAAAUGGUUCUCGAUUGUUAAGCGCGAGGUGCCGCUGGUCAGCGAGCUGCCGGCGGAGGAGGGUGGCGUGGUGGCCACGGAACUGCAGCUCAGCUAUGCCAGUUACCAGCACUGCAGUGCACAGCUGCAGCUGCAGGGCCAUCCGUGGGAUCUGAUAAACAACAUGCAGUACUACAGCAUACCCAUGGAGGAGUGCAAGGUGGAUCCGACGAAGUUCAGUCAGGAGUGCAUCUUCACGCUGUCGGGACUGGACGAGAAGCAGAUGCAGGCCAAGCUGGAUGAGUACGAACAGGCCAAGUUAACGGUGUCAAAAAACGGUCUGGCGUCUCCUCAUCGUGGCCAGCCAACCGAUGAGGAGCAGCAGCAGCAGCUACUAAAGCUGUCCAAGUCCAAAUCCGAGCCGGAAGCGUUUUUUCGUUUGCGCGCUGAUGCCGCACCGGACACGGGCGGCGGGAACGGCGAAUCUCUGGACCUGAAGCCCAAGAUUGAACUGCGUCUGGACGAAGCCCUGUCCCAGGCGUACUACCACAACAUAGCGAACAUGUCGCUGAGCAGCGUGCAGACCUAUAUACCGAUAGACAUUCCGUUGCCGCUGUCGAUGACGCCGGACGAGCACCGGCUGCUGGAGCAGGUGAAGCUGGCCGGCUUCCCGGAGAAGGUGCACGGCGUCUAUGUGCCGCGCAGGCAGCGCUACGGCUGGUGGCAGCUGGACGACGAGCAAAAGCUGCGCCAGCUGCUGAAAACGUUGAAUCCGUCGGGACUGCGCGAGCGCGAGCUGCAGGAGAAUCUGACGCGCUUCCUCGGACUCGAACAGCCGCUGGGCGUCAACUAUCAGCUGAAGCUGAACGAGGCCCAGGUCGAACUGGUCGAGUACAUGAUGCCGGAUCGACCCGGCGACUGGAACCCCAAGGUGGCCAGGCGAGUGGAGUUGGCACUUUUGGAGCAGCUCGAAUCGCUGGAAGAUAAAAUUGCCAGCGCCUCGAUGCAGCUAAAGAACUGGCAACUGCCCACGCGCAGCGACAAUGACAUCAAUCUGGGCGAGCAGGAGGAGAUGAGCGAGGCGGACUUUGUGAGCAUCAUACCCAUGAUUAGGGAGCGCAUCAUCGAUCUGGAGGCGAAUAUCGAGCGACGCUAUCUGAAGCCGCCGCUUGGCUCUCAGACCGGCGACGCCCACCUGGCCGUCAUCGCCCAGAACCAGCAGACCUCCACGCAGACGCAGAACUCCGCCUCGGCGGCGGCGUAUCUGCUGCAGAUGCAGCAGCAGCAGCAACAGCUGAUGGCCCAGCAGCAGACCCAACAGCCCGGCAACAACCUGAACGCCUCCGUCUUUAACGAGCGCGCCAUGGCCUUGGCCGCAGCUGCUGCGGCAGCUGCUCCCAGCACCAGCGUCGCGUCCACAUCGUGCGAGGCGGUUGUGCCGGCAGCCGGAACCCUGGAGCCCUGCUCCGGCGCCGCAUCGCCGGCCAGCAACUGCGACAGCGACAAGGACGAGAAGGUGGAGAAUAUACCCAAGGGCCUGGUGCAAUGGCGAGAUGCCGUCGCUCGAUCCCAUACCACCGCCCAGCUGGCCAUGGCCCUGUAUGUGCUGGAGUCCUGCGUGGCAUGGGACAAAAGCAUCAUGAAGGCGAAUUGCCAGUUCUGCACCUCGGGCGAGAACGAGGACAAGCUGCUGCUCUGCGAUGGCUGCGACAAGGGUUACCACACCUACUGCUUCAAGCCCAAAAUGGACAACAUACCCGAUGGCGACUGGUAUUGCUAUGAGUGCGUCAAUAAGGCGACCAACGAGCGCAAGUGCAUCGUCUGCGGCGGGCAUCGGCCCUCGCCUGUCGGCAAGAUGAUCUACUGUGAUCUGUGUCCGCGCGCCUAUCACGCCGACUGCUACAUUCCGCCGCUGUUGAAGGUGCCGCGCGGCAAGUGGUACUGCCACGGCUGCAUCACCCGCGCCCCGCCACCCAAGAAGAGGAGCGCCGCCAGCAGCGGCAGCAGCAGCAGCAAGUCGCGACGGGAUCGCGAUGCCAGCACCGCGGCAAAGCGACGCGGCAGCGACAAACAUCAGCUGUUGGCCUCGGCCGGCAGCAUGGAGCAGCUGUGUCCCAUCGAUCCACACCAGCAGCAGCAACAGCAACAACAACAACUGCAGCAGCAGCAGCAGCAAAUGCUGCUGCAUGGCUCACAGCAGUCGCUCAACUCGUCGCACGACGAGUCCAUGACAUCCCUGCCAGCGCCGCUUAGUCCGGCGCAUUCGAUUGCCUCGGCCACGUACGAUGAGCAGCAUCACAAUAACUCGAUUGACGGCAGCCGUUUCCAGGCGCAUCUCGGCAACAACAACGGAGGCGUGCAGCUGGAGGAGAGCGGCUCCUUUGCGGCUGGCUACGCAGCGCCGAGCAACUUUGGCGUGGUGUCUGUGCCGCAGGCGAUGCAGUUUGCGGCCAUGUCGCCGCGUGAGGUGACGCCCACGCGCACCCCUACGCCCACGCCGACGUCCACGCCCGUGGCGGCACCAACACCACCACCGCCAGCGCUGCCAGCGCCGCUGCAGCCACCGACGCCGAACGUAACGGCGCCUAUUCUGAUGCAGGCAUCGCCAACGGCACUGCUGAACGUUGCCUGUCAGUCGCCUCCGCAGCAGCAGCUGAUGGCCAUGCCGUCGCCGAGGACAUGCACUCCGACGCCGCCGGGUGCUGGUGGUGCUGGAGCUGGGACGCAAAUGUCGCCGCCGCCCAUUAACAUACACGCCAUACAGGAGGCCAAGGAGAAGCUGAAGCAGGAGAAGAAGGAGAAGCAUGCCACCAAGAAGCUGAUCAAGGAGCUGGCCGUCUGCAAGACGCUACUGGGCGAAAUGGAGCUUCAUGAGGAUUCGUGGCCAUUUCUGUUGCCUGUGAACACCAAACAGUUUCCCACAUAUCGCAAAAUCAUUAAAGCGCCCAUGGAUCUGUCCACAAUCAAGAAGAAACUGCAGGAUUUGAGCUACAAGUGCCGCGAGGACUUUUGCGUGGAUGUGCGGCAAAUCUUUGACAACUGCGAGAUGUUCAACGAGGAUGAUUCGCCCGUGGGCAAGGCUGGGCAUGGCAUGCGCAAGUUCUUCGAGUCACGUUGGACUGAGCUCACCGACAAGCACUCCUGAUAUCCUCCCCUGCCGCAGCUAAAUCCAGCAACAGCAACAGGGACAGCAGCACCAACAGCAGCAGCAGCAACAACAACUGUUGCAACUGUAGCAACUGGAAGUACAACGACGACAAUGCCGCCACAGACAAGCGCAACAGCAGCACAAUUUUGGUAGAGACCAGAAGAAUAUAGAAUUUGUAUAUAUAUAUGAAGAUGAACAGCUUAAGGCAGGCAGGCAGGCAGAAUUAAUAGAAGGCUAAGCAUAAGAAGGUAGCUGUAGUUUGUAUUAUUACACAUUAUAUUAAAACAUAUAUACACAUAUAUAGACAGAGUAUGCAAGCAGUCGCCUGAGUUAUCAACGUCCCAGUUCCAGAAGGAGGUCUUCAACUUGUGAAUAUCUAUAGCCACGAACAAACCCAAUGAAAUGUGUAUUUUUUGCCAAGAGAGUUAACUGUUUUUAGUUAAAUUGCAAGCAUCAGCAACAUUUAACUAACUAUUUAGACUACAACUAAAAUGGUAACGCAACUAAUUAGAAGAGCCAGAAGCUGACAAACAGAACAGUCACGUGUGUCUACGCAACAUUUAAACAGUAUUUGCGCACAAAGCUGCUUUGCUUUGUUAUAUUAUUUGAUUUAAUUUAGAUAUUUGGAUAGUAGUCGACUUAACUAUAACUGUAAUCGUAACUGUAAUUCUAACUAUACCUACUUAUAAAUCUAUGCUUUAUGAAUUACAUUGUACUUGAUUUGAUAGAAAUCACGAAGCGCUCAUUUAAGUUUUAAUUUGUAUCUGUACUUAUAUUUAGUAACCGUUUGCAUCUGAUUGCAACCGCAAGCAUUCAUUGUAUUUAUAUAUAUGGACUAAAUCGAAAUCCAAAACCUAAAUCUAAAACUAAUCUUACCUAUAAUAUACUCAAAAGGUAGACGGCAACGUUUUGUAAAUUAAUUCAAAAUUAAAUUAAAUUUAUAUAAAUUAUAUACCGAGUGUACAUUUCAACAACAACAACAUUUAGUGGACAUUUCUUAAGAGCCAAAUAAAAAACAAAAGAAAAAGUUACAUGCCUUGGCAGGACACAUAAUCGCAUAGAGAUACAGUAUUAAAGGAAGCACACAGAGCAACACUCACACUCACACUCACAUACACA